AUGCCUAUUACCACUCCUGUCGCUGUUCGUGAUGAUUUUAUCUCUUCGAAGUCUGCACCAGCACAACUUCCUUCAACUAACGUUACUGAUUCUAAAGAUCAAUCGAGCAAGAUAGAAAAAAUGGCAAUUUUAGAAGCUAUCUUCUAUAAACAUCUAGAUAUGAAUGUUUUAUCUUUUGCUUCAGGUUGCGCUAAGAAUGAAAUUGAAUUAAAUCCCAUGCUCUGUUUGCAUAAGCAUGCCAAUGAAGAAAUUCGUGCCCUUGUAUCUCUUAUCUUUUUAAUGUCAAGACAUGACUUUUCUAACGUUUUGGAUGAAUGA